CACAAAGAAUUAAGAAAUGAAACACGUAAUGUUUUGUUGUUUAUUUUACUGUAGAAAUGGCGGCAUCAGGGAGAUCUACAAGUAUAAGAAAAGCCAAAGUGCCACUGUCAUGCUAUUUAUGUAAAGGACCAGAUAUUAAAUGGAAAUGUGACGAUUGUGAUGUGCACAUGUGUAAUUCCUGUAAAGUUACUGUCCAUAAAGGACUUCCAUCUACACAAGAUAAUGACGUUGUUUCCAAACAGGAUAUCAAUAAGACAUCACCAGGUUCCCAGGAGGUAACUUCAGUAGUUAUUGCAUCAGUUUGCAAUUCAUACACAACUUCUCUACCUGCUGUUUAUACGUUACUUUGUUCGAAUGACGAUUUGAUUUACUUCCACUAUAACACUAUAACGUCUGACGAUUAUCAAUUUGUGAAAGGAAAACUUUUAAAAUCAUCAAUUAAGAUAUUGCAGACGUUUGAGAAACAAAUAUUCGACUUUGCAAUAAUGAAAGAUGGUGAAAUACUUCUAAAAGAAUUUGGUAGCAACACAAUUCAACUUUUGUUACUUUCUGGUGAGGUCAAAACCGUAUUAGAUACUUAUCCAAUGAGACCAUUGGCAAUACAUGUAAACAAAGAUAAUGAAGUAAUAGUGGGAGUAAAAGAACAAGGACCACCGUUUCCUGUCCAAGAUUUUUCAGAAAGACAAGUUAUACUUUUUGGUAGCGAUUAUAAACGGAAAGUGACAUUAGAAUUCGACAAAGAAGGUAAUAAAUUGUUCAGUUAUGCAAAUCGUAUUCGCACUGAUUCUAGAAAUGUUGUCUAUGUUAUUGAUCGUGUUGACAAUGCAAACCAUGGUAGAAUAGUAGCUGUAGAUAUAAAUGGCUGCUUGAAAUUUACCUACGACGGACCAAAGGAUUUAGAAACAUUUCAACCAGAGGGGAUCACUAUUACGCCAAGUGACAACAUUGUAGUUGCAGAUUACUACAACAAGGCACUACAUGUUAUUAAUUCGAAAGGAGAUUUUCUGGGACUGCAGUUCAUUUUCAAAGACUUGGACAUUAAUUAUCCGUCAAGUUUAUGCUUUGACACUGAGGGACAUUUAUUAAUUGGAUGUUGCAGAGGAGAAAAUGAAGAAUUCGGAAAAAUACAUGUCGUUAAAAUUUUAGAUAGUCUUAUGUAA